AUGGUCCAGUACCAUGUGGUCUCUCCUAUGGUCCAGUACCAUGUGGUCUCUCCUAUGGUCCAGUACCAUGUGGUCUCUCCUAUGGUCCAGUACCAUGUGGUCUCUCCUAUGGUCCAGUACCAUGUGACACCAGGCACGACAGAAAAAAUCCACGCACACCCACCCGCAUCCACCCUCAUCUACCCGCAUCCACCCUCAUCUACCCGCAUCCACCCUCAUCUACCCGCAUCCACCCUCAUCUACCCGCAUCCACCCUCAUCUACCCGCAUCCACCCUCAUCUACCCGCAUCCACCCGUGUCUACCCGCAUCUACCCGCGUCUACCCGCAUUGACCCACGUCUAACCGCAUCUACCCGCAUUGACCCACGUCUAACCGCAUCUACCCGCAUUGACCCACGUCUAACCGCAUCUACCCGCAUUGACCCACGUCUAACCGCAUCUACCCGCAUUGACCCACGUCUAACCGCAUCUACCCGCAUUGACCCACGUCUACCCGCAUUGACCCACGUCUACCCGCGUCUACCCGCAGGGACUGAGGCUCUGGCCACGGAGCUGCCAUUAGAGGAAACUCGCCGUGAACUGGCCGCAGCCUUCCCGCCGCUGCCUUCCCGCCGCUGCCUUCCCGCCGCUGCCUUCCCGCCGCUGCCUUCUCGCCACCCUGCACUUCCCCUGCACUACGCCCUCGUUAGCAUGUUUACCAGCUCCUAUGGGAACCCUCGUAAACCCAAUUAG